AUGAAAUUGGGCUGGCUUUUAUGCACGAUCGGUGCUCUAACGAGUGAAGUUCGGGCUCGUCUUCUUACGGUCCCUAUUGUUCCUUUUACCGAGACGGGCGGGAGUUAUGAUCUCUCACAGAUAACGGGGAUUGUUGUUGAUUCUCGUUAUUUUGAUGAGGUGGAUAAUCAGGGACAGACUUUGAUUCCGCCGACGCUGGGAGAGUUUGCGGAGACUUUUCAAGGGGACUUGAAAUCGGUCUUUGGUUUGGAUUUGAAGCUCACUAAGGGUGCGAAGCGAACGGAAAAUACUAUUUUCCUAACGCUUGGGAAUAAUACCGGAUUCAAGGAUGCUGCUGGCAGAUUCACUUCGGAAGGAUACGAACUCAAGGUUGAUAAUGAUGGAGUCGUCGUUACUGGAGCGAGUCCCUUGGGUGCGUGGUGGGCCACCCGUUCGAUCAUCCAAGCUGCGACAGGAGACUCGACGCUUCCUAGGGGAUCUGGCGUGGAUGCUCCGGGAUGGGGAACUCGGGGAGUUAUGCUCGACGCUGGUCGACACUUCUACCCCGCAGAUUUCCUGAUUGAGAUGUGCUCUUAUCUGUCCUUCUUCAAGCAAAACACCUUCCACCUUCACAUUAGCGAUAAUCUUUACAACAAUGUUGACCUGUACUCCCGAGAAAGGAGCCUAGAUCUCUACGCCGCAUUCCGGCUGUGGUCCGAUGACGAUUCUGUUGCAGGGUUGAACCGUCGGGCCAACGAGUCAUACACUCGUGAGCAAUUCGACAAUAUCCAAACAAAAUGCGCAAAUCGCGGAGUCACCAUUAUCCCCGAGAUUGAGGCCCCUGGUCACGCACUUGUCAUUGUACAGUGGAAGCCAGAGCUGGGCCUGGACGAUCUGAGCAUGCUCAACAUCAGUCACCCGGAUACUCUCCCGACGAUGAAGACAAUCUGGAGUACCUUCUUGCCAUGGUUCCACAGCAAGGUUGUCCACAUUGGCGCUGAUGAGUAUGAGAGCAGCUUAGUGGCAGACUAUACGAGCUUUGUGAACGAGAUGAACACUUUUAUUCAACAGGAGACAUCUGAAAGCAAGUCAAUGCGCAUCUGGGGUACGUUCACCCCGAAGGAAGGUGCCAAUGUCUCCAAGUCCGUCUCGUACCAGCACUGGGAAGUCUAUGAGGACAGCCCAUACUUUGAUUAUAUCGAAAAUGGAUACAAUGUCCUCAACUCUGAUGACUACUGCUACCUUGUAGGAGGGUGGAGUGGUUCAUACCCGCAGAAACUCAGCACGGACAAGAUAUUCAACGGUCCGUACGACGCGCCGUACUCACCCGUGGUAUUCGACAGUUCCAACAAGACUGAUAACCCUUCUCGGAACAACUCUCGAGUAUUGGGUGAAGUCGCGGCAUUGUGGAAUGACUUUGGCCCGAACGCCACCACCGUUUUGCAGGCGUACUAUUCCUGGCGCGAUGCUCUUCCCGCUCUCGCUGAUAAACAAUGGGGUGGCAACAUCACCGAAGAAGAGUACCUGUCCGUGUUCGAUUCGCUCCACGCCGCCGUGCCAGACCAGAACCUGGAUCGCGCUAUCCCCAGCACCUCCGAUACCAUCCUGCACUACACCUUUGAUGAUUACAAGCCAACCUCACUUGCCGACCAGUCUGGCAAUGGGUACCAUGGAACAGUGCAUGGAUGCAAGGUAGCCGACAACACUCUAUACCUGGCAGAUGGUUGCUAUGUUGAGACACCUCUAGGCAGCAAGGGACGCGAUUACACGCUAUCCUUCCGAGUCAAACCCACCUCCCACACCCCGGGCACUCUCUUCGCUGGACCUGACUCCACAUUCGUAAAUGGAAAUGGCACAAUUACCAACGCAACUCUCAUCAGCGGCGGCAAUCCCUACUCAUUGAACUAUACUCUGCCUAUAAAUGUAUGGACAGAAGUAAGCUUAAUCGGUAAUGGUAACGCCACCCUCCUUACCGUAUCAGGCAAGGGCACAUCUACAACGAUGGAGUUCCUCACGAACAUUGGGGUCGAUGGGAACUCAUUUGUAUGGGCGCCUAUAGGAGUAGAGGCACCGCUGACACGUAUCGGUGAAGGAUUCACCGGAAUGAUCCAGAACAUUAUGCUGAAGGGUAGUGUUCCGAGCUAA